UGUUUUGAAUUAUACUUGAAAUAUUAUUAUCAGACGAUUUUGUUUGCCUUAGGUAAGAGGAUUAUAGCCCCAGUGAAUUAAUUGAAAUAUAAACACUAUUACAUCCCGUCUCAAAUAAAAUCAGAACAAAAUAAUACAAUAUAAAUAAUAACAGCAACGAUAAUAACAACAAUAUUUAAAAUACAGAGGAAAACAAAAUAAUAUAUAGUGUUUCUUGGUUGAAUUAUGGCAACUGAAUAUUUUUUUUUUGCAGAAAUGGUGUGUCUUUGAGUUUUGCAAGACGAAAAGAGUCAGUAUUUUCUCACAGCCCACAGUUGUGGUUUGUGGCUUGGUUUGCUCAUAGUUUAGGCUUCUCAUCACUCGACACGCAUACAUUACAACUCUGUGUCCUCACCCACUGCCCUAUCAAUGUUCACGUUAAUGACAAUUAAUCGGGAUUAGAUUGAAUGUAAUGAGUUUAUAAUAAAUUCCAAUUGGUAAAGCAACUGAGAAAAUAUAUGAAUCACAGCUCUCCCUCCCUCUAUCUCUUUUUGAUUGUUACACAAUAAAACUGAAAUCCCUUCUUAUAUGGUGUGUACAAAAACCCGUCCCUCAUUUCGUUAUUUUAAAUUACACGUUAGCUUCCAAAAUUCUAUAUUAUCACAAGUUUAGAGUUGCUUUCCUAUCUACAGCCCGGGCUAUAGCCCACUACUUUAACCACAACACCGAGUGUGUGCUGUCCCACUCAAUUGGUUAGGCGGUUGGGAUGGGAGCUGCUCCCUGAUUGGCUGGGGCGCUGCUCAUUGGUAUGCUGUCAGUCGGGAUCACAUGGCUCCGCGCUAAUAACACACCGGGCUGGCUCACAAGUUUGCAGAGUUGUCUUUGAGAGCCGUGGGGACAGAGCUACAAACUCAGAGCGCGGACCAGACGAACCAAGAGGCACCUGCGUGAAAAAACGACUUUCACUUGAUUCGUAUAGCAAAACUUUUUUGUUGAUUGUCGGUGCAACUUCUUCUUUAUAAGACUGGUCAGUAUAUACUCCUCUACCUCUUGAUCGUGGUGUUUUUUUUUACUUUUGUAUUUCGCUUUUACUUAAUAACGCGUGAAGAUUCAGUGAAGAUUUAAAAAAAUGUAUAACAUGAUGGAAACCGAGCUGAAGACCCCGCUGCCGCAGUCCAACUCGGGCUCCGCGCCGGGCUCCAAGAACAACAGUGCCAACGACCAGGACCGGGUGAAGCGACCCAUGAACGCCUUCAUGGUGUGGUCCCGCGGGCAGCGCAGAAAGAUGGCGCAGGAGAACCCCAAAAUGCACAACUCGGAGAUCAGCAAGCGCCUCGGAGCCGACUGGAAACUUUUGACGGACGCCGAGAAGAGGCCGUUCAUCGACGAGGCCAAGCGCCUGCGCGCCAUGCACAUGAAGGAGCAUCCGGAUUACAAAUACCGUCCCCGCAGGAAGACCAAGACCCUGCUCAAGAAAGACAAGUAUUCUUUGCCCGGGGGGCUCCUGGCGCCCGGCUCCAACGUGGUCAACAACGCCGUGUCGGUGGGCCAGCGCAUGGACAGUUACGCGCACAUGAACGGCUGGACGAACAGCGCGUACUCCCUCAUGCAGGACCAGCUGGCCUACCCGCAGCACCACAGCAUGAACAGCCCGCAGAUCCAGCAGAUGCACCGCUACGAGAUGGCCGGACUCCAGUACCCCAUGAUGUCCUCAGCCCAGAGCUACAUGAACGCGGCGUCCACGUACAGCAUGUCCCCGGCGUACACGCAGCAGGGCUCCGGCGCCAUGGGCCUGGGCUCCAUGUCGGGCGUGUGCAAGACGGAGCCCAGCUCCCCGCCGCCCGCCAUCACGUCCCACUCUCAGCGGGCGUGUUUGGGGGACCUGAGGGACAUGAUCAGCAUGUACCUGCCGCCCGGCGGAGACAGCAGCGCGGAGCACUCCUCCCUGCAGGGCAGCCGGUUACACAGCGUACACCCGCACUACCAGACGGCCGGCACGGGAGUCAACGGGACGCUACCGCUGACCCACAUCUGAAGAACUCUCUGCCACAUCGCACACAUACACACAUACAUAUACACACGCACCACAUACACAAUAAAAAUAGUAAUAGAGAAAGACUUUGAAACUAAAAAAGAAAUAAAAAAGUACUUCGGAUACUUGAACUUUUUUUUUGGUUGCUAAAGAACCGACGUUCGGUAGUUUUGUUGGAGAAACGAUUUUUCAUUUGAUCUGAAUAAGUUGUAAAGUUGAAAAGCAUUUUAAGACAUAUCAUGGUCUGAGACUGAACGUUAAGGCCACUAGUAGACGGCAUGGCGAGGCUUUUUAUCAUGAGUAGAAAGCAAUCCACUUUGUGUAGAAGAAUUGGACUUCUAUAUUUUAAAUAAUGCCAUAUUUUCUCUGUAUGAAAAGAAGGGCAGGUGGCCUCGUGACGAGGCUGUUGUAUUUCAGAAACAGAUGGAUGGAGUGUUGCUUCAUAUUCAUAAAUGUUUACACUUAAUUUGUAGAAUGUUUGUUGUGUCUCGGCUGUGUCCCAAAUUGUGUAGUUUUCUCCCCGCACCCCCCUCCCCCCUCCCCCCAUCCCACCUCUGGGUUUGAUGAUGAAAUGUUAAGACUGUGCCGGUCGCAAGCAUAUGCGUUUUAUUUAUAGUAAGAUGUUUUGGAGCUUGUUUGACCCUAUUUGUUUGUCACGUGAAAAUAUUCUAUUUUGUUUUGUGAAGUUUUCUGUCGUGUGAUGAUGGUGUCCCGUUUACUCAUAUCAUCCAUGAAAAGGUUUUAUUUAAACUGACUGUUUCUACUUAUUUCAAGACCAUCCUCUAUUCUUAAAAUAAAUUUGUACGAAACACAA